GUGACUGCGCCUCCGCGCCCCCGUCUCGCCGAGGCUCCCAGGAUGCGCGGAGGCGGCGGCGAUGGCGAUGAUUCCUCCAGCCCUGCAUCAUCCAGGGUGCCGGGCAGAGCUGGGGUCCCGGCUGCGAGAUGGAGGAGGAGGGGAGGCGCUGCGGCCACCCGGCAGGCUUAUCUGUCUUGGGCCUCUUUUGUCACACGUCGCUCAUCUGUGAGUUGAGGCUCUGACUCUCUUCCCACUGAGCUUUUUUGGAGAACAGAAGGAAGAGACAUUUCUCUCUGAAGAUGAACUCAACAGACCCCAUUCAGGAUGCCCCCAAUGCCACCUUGCUCCACGUGCCUCACCCACAGGGAGGCAAUGACACCUCUCUCCAGGAGGAUCUUCAGGACCUCAUCCACAUGGCCACCUUGGUGACCUGCACUUUUCUGCUUGCCAUCAUCUUCUGCCUGGGCUCUUACGGCAACUUCAUUGUCUUCUUGUCCUUCUUUGACCCAGCCUUCAGAAAAUUCAGAACCAAUUUUGAUUUCAUGAUCCUGAACCUGUCCUUCUGUGACCUCUUCAUCUGCGGGGUGACAGCGCCCAUGUUCGCCUUUGUGUUGUUCUUCAGCUCAGCCAGUGGCAUCCCGGAUGCUUUCUGCUUCGCCUUCCAUCUCACCAGUUCCGGCUUCAUCAUCAUGUCCCUCAAGACGGUGGCAGUGAUUGCCCUGCACCGCCUCCGCAUGGUGCUGGGGAAGCAGCCUGAUCGCACAGCCUCCUUUCCUUGCACCUUGCUCCUCACUCUGCUUCUCUGGGCCACCAGUUUCACCCUCGCCACCUUGGCGACCCUGAAGACCAAUAAAUCCCACCUCUGCCUUCCCAUGUCCAGUCUGGUGGCUGGAGAAGGGAGAGCCAUUCUGUCUCUCUAUGUGGUCGAUUUCACCUUCUGCAUCGCCGUGGUGUCUGUCUCCUACAUCAUGAUUGCACAGACCCUGAGGAAGAAUGCGCAGGUCAGAAAGUGCCUCCCUGUCAUCACAGUCGAUGCUUCCAGACCACAGCCUUUCAUGGGGGCUCCUGGCAAGGGAGGCGGAGAUCCCAUCCAGUGCACCGUGCCGGCCCUCUACAGGAACCAGAAUUACAACAAACUGCAGCACGGGUACACCAAGAGUCCCAACCAGCUGCCAACCCCUGCAGCCAGCCGACUCCAGCUGGUAUCAGCCAUCAACCUCUCCACUGCCAAGGAUUCCAAAGCCGUGGUCACCUGCGUGAUCAUUGUGCUGUCGGUCCUGGUGUGCUGUCUUCCGCUGGGGAUUUCCUUGGUGCAGGUGGUCCUGUCCAACAGUGGCAGCUUCAUCCUUUACCAGUUUGAACUGUUUGGGUUCACCCUAAUAUUUUUCAAGUCAGGAUUAAACCCUUUCAUAUAUUCUCGGAACAGUGCAGGCCUGAGAAGGAAAGUGCUCUGGUGCCUCCAGUACAUUGGCCUGGGGGUUUUCUGCUGCAAACAGAAGACUCGACUUCGAGCCAUGGGAAAAGGGAACCUCGAAGUCAACAGAAACAAAUCCUCCCAUCAUGAAACAAACUCGGCCUACAUGUUGUCUCCAAAGCCACAGAAGAAAUUUGUGGAUCAGGCUUGUGGCCCAAGCCAUUCAAAGGAAAGUGUGGUAAGUCCCAAGAUCUCUGCUGGACAUCAGCACUGUGGUCAGAGCAGCUCCACCCCCAUCAACACUCGGAUUGAACCCUACUACAGCAUCUAUAACAGCAGCCCUUCCCAGGAGGAGAGCAGCCCACGCCACUUGCAGCCAAUAAACUCUUUUGGAUUUGCAAGCUCCUAUAUUGCCAUGCAUUAUCACACCACCAACGACCUAAUAAUGCAGGAGUACGACAGCACUUCAGCCAAGCAGAUUCCAGUCCCCUCCGUUUAAAGUCAGGGAGGCCAGAGAAUCUUGUGCAAAUGUUUUUUUUUUGCCUUCUCACACUGUUUGAUUUUUGAGAGCCGCCGCAGAUCAAAACUUAAAGAUUCAGCCGAAAAGUUGGCAGUUGGGACUUUUCUUUUGUCUGCAAUAUUAAUGUCUUGAUUUGAUUUGUAAUUUCUUGACAUUUUAAGAUAUGAUGUAAAAGUUUAUUUAGCUUUUUAACCC